AUGGAUUUUUUUUUUCUAUUUCAGAAGGAAGAUGUCAUUAAUGCAGAAAGGGAUGAAAGACUGUCGCUUCGGAAGCAUCGCUUCAUGCAUUUUGCAUCACUGGAAUAUGAAGGAGAAUAUUACAUGACACCGAGAGAUUUCUUGUUCUCAGUAAUGUUUGAUCAAGUUGAACGUAAAGCCUUAGCCAAGAAACUCACAAAAAAGGAGGUAGAUGCUGCACUGCUAUGUGUUGCCAAAGCUAAACCAGGACCAACCUUUUUUAGAGAGCUUGGUGAUAAAGGGUUGAUAUCUUAUGCAGAGUACCUAUUUUUGCUGACAAUCCUUACGAAACCCCAGACUGGAUUUCAAAUUGCCUUUAAAAUGUUGGAUACAGAUGGCAACGAGCAAGUUGAAAAGAAGGAAUUUUUUAAGCUACAGAGAAUCAUUGGGAAGGAAGAUGAUUUGAAAACAGCUGGAGAUGAAACAGUAUUUCGGGGAGCAGAACUGGAAAGCUCUGGUGUUAAUACCAUGUUGCUGGUACAUUUCUUUGGAAAAGAAGGAAAGGAAAAACUUCGCUAUUCUGAGUUUUUCAGAUUCAUGGAAAAUCUGCAAACAGAAGUCCAAGAAAUGGAAUUCAUAAAGUUUUCAAAGGGUUUGAAUGUCAUGAGAAAAGAAGACUUUGCAGAAUGGUUACUGUACUUCACCGAUGAGGAAAACAAUGAAAUUUACUGGCAGAAUGUGAAAGACAGAAUUGAGGCAGGAGAGAAUAUCAGUUUGGAAGAAUUCAAGACUUUUUGCAAGUUCACAAACAACCUGGAAGACUUUUCUAUUGCCAUGCAGAUGUUUACUGUAGCCAAUCGUCCUGUUAAACGGGCUGAGUUUAAGAGAGCAGUGAAGGUGGCAACAGGACAGGAGCUCUCAGAUAAUGUUUUGGAUACCAUCUUCAAGAUUUUUGAUCUAGAUGGAGAUGACUGCUUGAGCCACGGCGAGUUUCUUGGAGUCCUGAGGAACCGAAUUCAUCGAGGUUUGAGGGUACCGCAACAGCAAGGCAUUCAAGGUUACUGGAAGUGUGUGAAAAGAGAAAGCAUUAAAGGAGCCAAAGAAGUGUGGAAGCAAACAGGGAAAAGUCCUUUUUAA